AUGACAACCGCCAUGGGUAAUUUACUGCUUGUAUUUCUAUUCCUUGUAAACCGGGCAUUCGCUGCUACGGUGAAUUUCACGAUCAACCUAACGUGGGAAAACUACACGGUUGCAGGGGUCACACGCGAGGUGAUCCUUACCAAUGGGCAAUACCCUGGACCGGAACUGCGAAUGAAACAGGGCAAUGAUGUGUAUUUCGAGGUCAUCAAUUGCUGUCCAUUCAAUGUCACGGUACACUUUCAUGGAAUUGAGCAGAUCGGAACUCCUUGGUCCGAUGGGGUUCCUGGAGUAUCCCAGCGGGUCAUACAAGAUGGCGAUGCAUUCCUAUAUCAUUGGACAGCCAAGCAAUACGGAGCCUAUUUCUAUCAUGCCCAUCAUCGCGGCCAGCUGGAAGAUGGUCUAUAUGGCCCGAUCUAUAUCACGCCCUCCAGCUCGGAGGAUAGACCGUUCAGCCUCAUUACUAGCAAUAGCACGCAGCUACAGGCCAUGAUUGAGGCGGAGAAACAGACUACCCCCCUUAUACUAUCUGAUUGGCGUCUGCUGACAUCAGAAGAAAUCUGGAGUGCCGAGGAAGCUUCAGGUCUUGACUCGAUCUGUGCCAAUUCUCUGUUGAUCAAUGGCAAAGGCUCGAUCACUUGCUUUUCUCAAGAUGAGAUUAAUGCGUUGACGACGCCAAACCAAAGAGCGGCCCUGGGGACUUUGAACCUGACCGAUAUCGCAUGCUUUCCUCCCGAACUCACAGCUGCACAGGGAGAUUUCCGCCAUAAUAUCUCCGCCAUUCCACCCACAAUGUUUUCCGGAUGUACGCCCUCUCAAGGGCCCCAACAUGUGGUCAGCGUCGACCCAUCCCAGCAAUACGUGAGCCUGGACUUGACCAGCGCCGCCGGCCUGCUACACCUUACCUUCUCCAUCGACGAGCAUACGAUGUGGAUAUAUGCUAUUGACGGCCGAUAUGUUGAGCCGGUUGCCGUGAAUGCUAUCAAUAUCCCCAAUUCCAACCGCUACUCCGUCCUUGUCCCGCUCGACCAGACCACCGGCAACUAUACAAUCCGCAUGGUGAGCGGCAGCCCCCAGCAGAUCCUCAACACGACCGCAAUUCUGCAAUACAAAGCCCCGAAUAACCUCAAUCGCGACUCAAACCCCUGGAUCAACCUGACCGGCGGCAACGCUACCGCAAACACUGUCUUCUCCAACGACACUGCCAUCAUCCCCUUCCCCGCCAUCACACCCGCCACCAGCAUCGACGCAACCUACUUCCUCACCAUCGGUCACUACAAUGCGUCGUACCGCUGGACCCUCGGAAACAGCAGCUACGAUCUCGAGCUCGAAGAGUCCCAGCCACUCCUCUUCAACCAGACCGCCAUCCCAAGCGACCUGAUCAUCCGUACCACCAACGGCUCCUGGGUUGACUUGGUGCUGCAAGUCGACCAGCCGCUGCAGCCCGCGCACCCGAUCCACAAGCACUCGAACAAGCAUUUUGUGAUUGGCCAGGGCUCCGGUACGUUUGGGUAUGCAUCUGUGGCGGCGGCCGUGCAGGACAUCCCCGGCUCGUUCAAUCUAGUCAAUCCCCCGAUCCGAGAUACCACGCCGACACCGGUGGCUGUGAUGGGCCCGACAUGGCUGGUGAUUCGAUAUCAGGUUGUGAAUCCGGGCGCCUUUUUGAUGCACUGCCAUAUUCAGGUUCAUCAGAGCGGGGGUAUGGCGCUGGCGAUGUUGGAUGGGGUUGAUGUCUGGCCGACAAUUCCGCCGCAGUACCUGUAUGAUUCCGGUUACUAA